UAUCAGUCACCACAGCUCGGCUGCAGCUUUCUUUUCUCCUGCCACUGAAGUACGAACAGCGAGCUGAGCGUUUCCUCUGAAACCCUCCGACCUGCGCUGAAGUCCUCCGGAGAAACUGAGGAGGUGAAUGUGUGAAUGCAAAUGUGCGAGUGAGGGACUCCGGAGUUUCUGCAGACUUCCUCCCUCCUGGGCCCCGAGAAUAAAGUCUGCAGAAGCUGUUCAGACAACAAGAAGCCGUCCGGCUGUAAAAAGGAAUCAGAAGAGAACUAACAGGUUAACCUUUGCUCUGGGCCACUGCUCCUGUGCAUUAAAGUAUAUAUGACGACAACUUGACAACACAACACAACACAACACAACCGAGGAGAAGACGACUACAGCCUGAAUUAAACUCGACAGGAAGAGGAGGAGACAGAAUAUACGACUGAAUUAAAGCUGAAUUGGACGUGAGGAAGGGAGAGGCCGAAUGAUAAGGGUGGAACCCGUGUGGACGUCUCACUUCUGAAACGCAGACAUGAUCAGCCGCAACUUCAAGAACGUGCUGGUGGUGUCGGUGGGGUUCCUGUUCCUGUUCACGGCGUACGGAGGCCUGCAGAGUUUACAGAGCAGUCUGAAUGCGAAGGACGGGAUGGGCGUGGCCUCUCUGAGCGUCGUCUACGCCUCCAUCAUCGUCUCCUCCAUGUUCCUGCCGCCGAUCAUGAUCAAGAAUCUGGGCUGUAAAUGGACCAUCGUCGCCGGGAUGGUCUGCUACGUCUCCUACUCCUUCGGAAACCUCUACCCAGGAUGGUACACCCUCAUCCCCACCUCUGUGAUCCUGGGUUUGGGCGGCUCCCCCCUGUGGUCGGCCAAAUGCACCUACCUGACCAUCUCCGGGAACUCUCAGGCCGCCAAGGACGGCGGGAGGGGCCCCGACGUCAUCAACCAAUACUUCGGCAUCUUCUUCUUCAUCUUCCAGUCGUCGGCCGUGUGGGGAAACCUCAUGUCGUCGCUCAUCUUCGGACAGGACUUGGACAUAGCGAACAUCCCAGAGGAGCAGCUGAUUUACUGCGGAGCGGCCGACUGUGGCCUCAACGUCAGCUCCAGCAACAGCACCACCACCACCAGGCCGGCUCAGGAACUGGUGUGGAAGCUCGUCGGAAGCUACAUCGGUGUGGGUGUUGUGGCCAUCCUCAUCGUCUCAGUGUUCCUGGACAACAUCGACCGGGAGCAGGCCAGCGAGUUCCGCGGCAACCACGAGCCGUUUGGUCGAACCUUCCUGGCCACGUUCCGGCUGCUGAGGGACUGGAGGCUGGUGACGCUCAUCCCUCUCACCAUGUACAGCGGCUUCGAGCAGAGCUUCCUGUCGGGGGAGUACACCAAGAACUACGUGACGUGCGCUCUGGGGAUCCACUACGUCGGCUUCGUGAUGAUGUGCUUCGGAGCCACCAACUCCGUGUGCUCGUUCAUCUUUGGCCGACUGGCUCGGUACACGGGCAGAGCGGCUCUCUUCUCCCUCGCCGCGCUGACCAACUUCUGCUGCAUCAUCGGUCUGUUGAUGUGGAGGCCGCAUCAGGAUGAGCUGGCUGUGUUCUUUGUGUUUCCCGCUCUGUGGGGAAUGUCCGACGCCGUCUGGCAAACUCAGACCAACGCACUCUACGGCGUCCUCUUCUCUGCCGACAAAGAGGCAGCGUUCGCCAACUACCGCAUGUGGGAGUCUCUGGGUUUCGUCAUCGCCUUCGCCUACAGCACCUUCCUGUGUCUGGAGUACAAGCUGUACAUCCUGCUGGCCGUCCUGCUGCUGACCGUCGUCACCUACCCCAUCGUGGAGUACCACGAGCACAAGAAGCCCACGCCGGAAGCCAAAGAGGCCUUCUUGACACACGUAGACACCGUCCAAACAGAGGACAAUUUCAUCAUCUGUCAGUCAAAAGUGUAGAGACAAGUGUCUCAUCUUUCCACAAACAUUAUCGGCACAUUUCUGGAGCGACAACACGGACGAGAUGAAAGUUUGCUGGGAGAAAUAUUGUGAAUUAUGUGCAUCGUACUUAAUCUGUGAAGACGAACAGAGGAAGAUUGUGAGAAUAUCGGAACUUUGAUGGUUUACGAUAACUGUGCAGAAAAAGAAAAACACGAUUCUGGGUCUGGAUGUGAUUCCGUUGUGUCACAUUUCCAUAAAUGUCAUCGUGCUGUAAAUUAAAUAUCAAACUGAAAUGAGGAACUGCAAAUUUUAUAAGUGAGAAAACUGCAUAAAUAAAUAUAUGACUGUAUGUAUAUGUAUAAAUAUAUAUGAGUAGUUUUUAUCGUGAUACAUUUGUGUAAUGGAUUCAGAAAACACAGAUGAAAGCUAAAAGCUGGUGUUUUUACAGAUUUAAACAUUUUACAUUUCUAUAUUGUAAUAAAAAUACUAGUUAUACUACGAUUAAAACUUUGCAUUAAAUGUGAA